CCACCACUCACCCACACACACACACAAAUCAUCAUGGCCCAGCAAAUCAAGGACGAGGCAAAGUACAAGGAUGCCAAGUACAUCGUCAUCACCGACUUCGAUGGAACCAUCACCCUCCUCGACUCCAAUGACCACAUGGUGGACACCGUCGGCAUGGGUUACACUGAGCGAAGGAAGAUCAACGAGGAGAUUAUCAACGAGCGAGUCUCUUACCAGGACGGCUUCAGGACUAUGCUCGAGUCUGUGCACAGGCCCUUCAAGGAGAUGGAGGAGCUCGUCAGGAGAGACGUCACCCUCGACCCUGGCUUCAAGGAGUUCUACGCCUACGCCAAGGAGCACGACGUUCCCGUCGUAGUCGUCUCCUCCGGCAUGGUCCCCAUCAUCCGUUCCAUCUUCUCCAACCUCAUCGGUGAGGAAGAGGCCAACAAGAUCGACAUCAUUGCCAACGAAGUCGAAUUCACCGACCCCGAGAAGGAGGGUAAGACUUGGAAGCUCGUCUACCGUCACCCAGACAACCACUAUGGUCACGACAAGAGCAAGAGUAUCCUGCCUUAUCGCGCUCUGCCCAACCCUCCCCUCAUCUUCUUUGCCGGUGAUGGAAUUUCGGACAUGUCUGCUGCUGCCCACGCUGAUAUCCUCUAUGUCAAGGAGAAGCAGGACAAUGAUCUCAAGACGUACUGCGACAACAAGAAGAUCAAGUACACCCUCUUUGGAUCUUGGAUCGUCAUCCGUGACCAGCUCAAGGACAUCAUCGAGGGCAAGGUCGACGUCGACUCCCUCAGGAAGAAGGCAGAGUAAUCUCCUCUUCUCCGCUGCAUUCUUCGCUGCAAGCGUGGUAAAGACUUGAAAGCAUCGAGCUCUACCUGCCUCCUUUUUGGUCCGUACUGGCAUGCUUUGGAUAGUGACGAGAG